CCACCCAGUCUUCGCUACCUCCCCCGUGCCGGGCAGCCACGUGUGCAGGCCGGUCUGCCUUUCAGCCCCGCCCUAACGCACUCGCAGCCUGGUCGCCAGCCUGACCCAGAACCCCUGCCCCGGAGGGAGGGGUGGGAAUGUUUGCACGUGGGGCCGGGCGUCUGGGCCGCCCGGGAGCCUGCAUGCAUGGCUGUGUGCGUCGAGGAGCAGCGGCUUUGUUUGCCGGCAGCCGGAUGCCCGGGCCCAUCGGGCGGGCCGGCGGCCGCCUGCGGGAUGACCAGACUGCUGGGGGGCACGCUGGAGCGCGUGUGCAAGGCUGUGCUCCUUCUCUGCCUGUUGCACUUUCUCGUGGCGGUCAUCCUCUACUUCGACGUCUACGCCCAGCAUCUGGCCUUCUUCAGCCGCUUCAGUGCCCGCGGCCCUGCCCGUGCCCUCCACCCAGCUGCCAGCAGCAGCACCAACUGCUCUCGGCCCAACACCACCGCCCCCAGCUCGGGGCUCCCCGAGGCUCCCAGUGCCCGGCCCGGCCCCACGGCUCCCGCCCUGCCUCCCUGUCCUGACUCGCCGCCUGGUCUUGUGGGCCGGCUGCUGAUUGAGUUCACCUCGCCCAUGCCUCUGGAGCGGGUGCAGAGGGAGAACCCUGGCGUGCUCCUGGGCGGCCGCUAUGUGCCGCCCGACUGCACGCCUGCCCAGACGGUGGCAGUCAUCAUCCCCUUUCGACACCGGGAGCACCACCUACGCUACUGGCUCCACUACCUGCACCCCAUCCUGAGGCGACAGCGGCUGCGCUACGGCGUCUACGUCAUCAACCAGCACGGCGAGGACACCUUCAACCGGGCCAAGCUGCUCAACGUAGGCUUCCUAGAGGCGCUGAAGGAGGACGCCACAUACGACUGCUUCAUCUUCAGUGACGUGGACCUGGUCCCCAUGGAUGACCGCAACCUGUACCGCUGUGGUGACCAGCCCCGCCACUUCGCCAUUGCCAUGGACAAGUUCGGUUUCCGGCUGCCCUACGCUGGCUACUUUGGAGGCGUGUCAGGCCUGAGUAAAGCCCAGUUUCUGAGAAUCAACGGCUUCCCCAACGAGUACUGGGGCUGGGGUGGCGAGGAUGACGACAUCUUCAACCGGAUCUCCCUGACUGGGAUGAAGAUCUCGCGCCCAGACAUCCGCAUAGGCCGCUACCGCAUGAUCAAGCACGACCGGGACAAGCAUAACGAGCCCAACCCACAGAGGUUUACCAAGAUUCAAAACACGAAGCUGACCAUGAAGCGGGAUGGCAUCGGGUCAGUGCGGUACCAGGUCUUGGAGGUGUCUCGGCAACCACUUUUCACCAAUAUCACAGUGGACAUUGGGCGGCCCCCAUCAUGGCCCCCUCGGGGCUGAUGCUAAUGGACAAAGGCUCCCAGUGCCAAGGAUUGCCUGCCAGAGGACUGACCUACAUAGCCUGGCUGGCGGCUACUCUGUGGGGGAUCCCCCAGGACUGAGACUAUGGGCUCUGUUUUCGGAGGGUCUUCCAUAGGCCUCCCCCAGCUGCACCUGGAAGUUUCAGAACCUACUUUGGGGGACUUCCAACCUGGGCAAGCCCCUCCAGUGUGGCCCUCUCUGGGGUCAACCCUUCUUCUGCUCCUCCCUCCCCAGCCCAGCCCUCCCUCACUGUCAGGGUCGGGCCAGCCCCUGCACUGCCUCUCGAGUGGCCUGGGCUAGGUCACUCCACCUCUCUGUGCCUCAGUUUCUCCCCCCUUGAGUCCCCUAGGGCCUGGAAGAGUGGGAGGUACAACUAGGGGGCAGUGUCGCUUCCAGGGGGAAUUCUCAGACUUGGGGAUCCCCCGUGCUCCCAGGGGAGGGGAAACCUUUUUCAUUCAACAUUGUAGGGGCAAACUCUGGUGCGCCCCCUGCUGAGGAGCAGCCCCAGGAGGGGACCAGAGGGGGUGCUGUGUCGCUGCCUGGGAUCUUGGGGUUGGGCUUUGCAUGGGGGGCGGGUGGGGCUUAGAUCAGUCAGUCUGGUUCCCGCCUCCCUGUCUCAGAGAGAAGGCAGUAGCCCCCAGGGCCAGCUCGUUGUUUGUACAUUGCACAGAAACUUGUGUGGGUGCUUUAGUAAAAAACGUGAAUGGA